AUGAUUUUUUUUAUCAUUUUAGAAAAAGUAUGGUUUGCUGGUACUUCAAAUGUUCAGAUAUUUAAUCUUGCUCCAAAUUCAUCAAUUCAUUUAUCAUUUGACAGUCCAAAAUCUGUUGAAAAUACUCGGUCAAAUUCAAUUAUUUAUUUUUCUAUUGGAAUUAUUUUACUUGGAUUGGCAGAAGAAGAAAUUAUUUUUUCUAAUAUUUCUAAAAAACAAAUUAAUAUAUUCUUUAACCGAUUCGAGUUAAUAUUUUCGUCAUCACCCAAUAUUUUUGUUUAUUUUUUAAUGGAAAAUGAUGAACGCUGUUUACUUACAUUUAUAGCAAUAAUGAGGUUACAUUCAUCAGAACAAAACAAAAUAUUACUGCCAAAAAUGUUAGAUCCAGAAUUGAUUUUUAUUGUUUUAUUGAAGAAAAUUAAUUUUGAUUCUUUGGUUAGAAAUAAUUGA